AAUUUAUAGGCCAUAGUUAUAUAAGCUGCCGUAACAAGGAAGGAAUUCUGCAGCUCUCAGUAUUAUUAGUACAUAGGAAAAGUUUUAAAAUAGUAAUAUGCAGAAAACACUGGGGCAAGAGAGCUUGAUCGCUACCCAGACUAUACUGGUAGUUAAGGGGCUGAACCAUUCCAUAUAUGUAACAAGAAUUGAGUUUUCUUAAUAUAGCAAUAAUUGUAGUGGGCUAGUGGUCGCGCAACGAGGUGUCUCAGCAGUUGAGUUGGGCAGUGAAAGAAUGAGUCGGACGAUAGUUCAUCAGAAUCCGAAAGUUUAUGGGAUUCGAGGGGGAUAUAUCGGAGUUCAAGGGCUAUAUUUUAUAUUUGUUGGAGAGUUUUAUAUAUUAUAGAAAAGGAGACCUAGCAUCUAUUUUCUCGCCGCUAGUCUGUGGAGAUUAUUGAUGCCAUUAUCCUGCCGUUACCACUGUCUAUUAUCAUCACCCUAGACACUACUACUGGCUACUGUUACACUUUCAUCCACUGUCGACUCGAGCUUGACCUCCUACGGCGGGAGGGCGGGCGGGAAGAUGGAAGCCGUCGUGCCUCUCGAGCUGGUGGAAAGAGGCUCGGAGCUGUACCAUGAUCGUGACGAUGAAGAUGAAUAUAAAGACGUCGACGACGACGAUGAUGAUGAUGGCUAUGCAUCACCGCAACUACACAAGCCUUCAAUGAACAAGCGAAACCGUUCUCUGCACGCUUCCUGCCUUGCUUGUUGUAGCAAAUCCGCCAAAUCGCCGAGGAAAGGGCGGCGGAGGACGGGGCGCCUGCUGCUGUAUUGCAUCGUGGGCUGUUUGACUGUGCUAGGACUGGUCCAAUUUGUCGCUCUGACCCUGGGGGCCUUCGUAUCCUUCUUCCCCAGUGAUAUCGAGAGGGCUAUUGCUCGCUCAGGUCGACCCGGCCAGCCAGGCGAGUAUCUUUCUCAUGCGCCUAAUGAUACCACGGAUGGUGUUAUUCCUAUCCCCUGCCAUUCUCACAACGACUAUUGGCGGCCCGUACCAUUGUUUUCUGCCCUUGAGGCCGGCUGCAUCAGUGUAGAGGCAGACAUCUGGCUCUUCGAUGGCGAUCUCUUCGUGGGCCAUACCACAGGGUCUCUCGCUCCGGAUAAGACUUUGACGAAGAUGUAUAUCGACCCCCUUGUUGAGAUCUUAGAAAAGCAGAACCCUAUUGCUCAUUUCCAUCCGAAUCCCAAUAAACCACCAAAUGGUGUUUUUGAUACAAAGCCCUCGCAGACCCUCGUCCUGCUCAUCGAUUUCAAGAACAAAGGAGCCGAUGCUUGGCCAUAUCUCCUUUCUCAACUGUCCCCACUGCGUGAUCGGGGGUAUCUUACUUAUUUCAAUGGAACAAGUGUGACCGAAGGCCCAGUAACAGUAGUUGCGACAGGAAAAGCGCAUUUUGAAAACAUUACCGCCAAUGAUACAUAUAGAGAUGUCUUUUUCGACGCCCCACUCGAUAAGCUGGCGAAGGAUGCGAUCAUAGGAAGUGCGCAACAAUCCUCAAACCUAGGCAUUCUCGACGAUGAGGAGCUCGAAGUCGACGAGUUGGAUAUCGUUAGGUCCCGCCGCAAUCAACAGAAUAAAACUCCAAAACGAUAUGAGCCCCGACCCGUAGACGCCUCUCCCACUAGAGUCCACAGAAACGAAGAAGGAUCCAACCCAUAUGUCUACAAUCCCAAGAACAGCUACUAUGCUUCCGUCUCAUUCAGAAAGUCUAUCGGAUUCCCCUGGAGUUUUCGCCUCAGCCACAGCCAGCUAGACCUGCUCAGAGCCCAGGUGCGCGGUGCACACCAACGUGGUCUUAAAGUGCGCUACUGGUCCACUCCUAGUUGGCCGCGUAGCUUGCGGAAUUACCUCUGGACUGUGCUGAUUAGGGAAGGCGUGGAUAUUUUGAACGUCGACGAUUUGAGAAGCGCGGCGAAAAUGGAUUGGGGCGAGAGUACGUUGUUGCAAUGACGAAUGUCAAAUAAAUAGUUGGGGGUUUGGUUUUGGUUGCGUUGGUUCCUUAAUCCUCGCUUUCUUGGAUGCUUGUGAGCAUUUUGUGCGCGCUCUUAUUAGAUCUGGAUAGACGAACUCUUGGCUAUACUUGUACUACAUAGGGGAUUUUCUGCUCCUUUUGUUUUCCUUUUUUGGAUUUUGAUUAACUGGGUUGAGGGCGUUUGGGUUCGUUCAUUAUGAUUUUGAUAUCCGGAAUGUGGGUCUGCGAGAUAUCGGUCUCUUCAUUUUGCUCCCCCUACCUAGUACUUAUAUACUAGUGGUAUGCAACCUUGGAUUAGAUUUUAUGUUCUCUCAUGUUUGGCGCUUCAUGGGAUGGUGGCCUCAUGAACUCUACAUUGGAUAUAUGACCGCUUAACUUGCAUAGAGUUUUCCCAUUUCGACUGCCUGCUUGAAAUAUAUACAGACGAAGAAACGAAGGCGAUGGAUAAUUCUCCGCAUAGCCACUUUUUGCAUGGUCGAAACAUUCGACGAAAAAAAAAAAAAAUUACAAACAACCCACUGCCUCCGUCCCAAACUCCCCCACCAGGCUCCCUUCCCUCCUCACCAACUCCCCCAACCACUCUUUCGCGCUCUCAAAAUCCUUCGCUCCAAACUUCACAAGAACGAAAUUUGAUCGCACGCGCGACGCCGUCCAUGUUACGGGGGGCGGCUCGGAGGCUGUGCCGCUGACGGUAGACGUAGUAGUAGCAGCAUUCGAUGCAGCCCAAUUUCGCCCGCCAAUACGUGGUAAUGAGGAGAAUUCUUUCAUCAUGAAGGAGGCGAGGGAAUCGAAGAGGGGUCCGUGGAGGAUUAGGGUUCCCACGAUCCCGUGCGGGCGUGUGCGUGCUUGGAUAGAGAGGGGUGAAGGGGUGAGGGAGGUGUCGUAGGGUGGUUGGAGUUGGGAUGCGGAUGAUGGUUGCGGUGGUGGUAUUGGAUGAAAAUCCAGGUUGGGAAGAGGUACUAAAUUCCCCUCUUCAUCCUCUACGUAUCUUGUUUCGUCUUCCAGGACGACGGUGUCGCGGAGGAGCAGUUUGCGUUCGCCCGUGGACGGGUCCUCGGACCAGACUUCGCUCCGCCCCUUCCAGGAGUUGAAGUUCCAGUCUUCACCACGCGCUGACCGGCCUUGGCUGACCCAGUCGAGGACACAAAGACUUGGUCCGUAGUUGUUUUCGGCAUUCGAGUCCCCCGAAGGCUUGUCCUGUAGAAGCGUGAAGCGCAGUAGCUGCUCAUACUGGCUAUCUUGGAACGGCUGUGACGGGUCAGGGAUAUAGCAGAGACCGGUCUGGUUGCUCAGUUUCACAUCCAGUAUCUGACUACUUUUGGAUCGUGAAGAGUCUCUAUCGCGCUCUAAAUAUUCAAUAUUAACGCCUCUGGCAUCGCCAUCUGCAUGCCACUGUUGGUUGGCGCUGAGGUUUUGGAUGACGGGCUGGCCGCCUCCGUCCGACGCCCUCGUCCGUUCUGUCUUAUAUAUCUUCGUGCUUCCUUGCGGGGUUGUCAUCACCAAUCUCGUGCGCGGUAGCAGGGUGAUCGAGACAUCGAUGUGGUCACCGGGAAGCAACCCACCGCCAUAAGUGAGCAGGUAGAGAUGGACGGGGAUGGAUGCACAUUCCGGAUAUUUGGAAUUGAGGGGUGUUGCGGGAGUCCGGUUAAGAAUCUUUAGAGGGUAUUGAUAAGACAGCUGCGAGAUGGUUGUAACACAAGGCGGGAGUACAGAGAGGACAACCUCCCCUUUGCCUGGAGCGGCGUGGUUUGUUGCGAAGGGGGAAGCGAAGGGGGUCUUUGGAACAUUUGGUGAACGUAUGGUUUCCUUCGGUGGAAGGGUAGUGAAUGUCUUGUACAUCUUUGUUCUUAGUUUAUCAAUCGGAUAUAUAGGAAAAGAUUAAAUUAAUCUGAGAGCGAGAUAUUGAAACUA